CUGCCCUCUCUCCCCGGAUGAAGAGUCGCGGGAUAACAUGGAGUCGGGCAAGAUGGCGCCUCCCAAGAACGCUCCGAGAGACGCGUUGGUGAUGGCACAGAUCCUGAAGGAUAUGGGGAUUACAGAGUACGAACCAAGGGUUAUAAAUCAAAUGUUGGAAUUUGCUUUCCGAUAUGUGACUACAAUUCUGGAUGAUGCAAAAAUUUAUUCAAGCCAUGCCAAGAAACCUAAUGUUGAUGCAGAUGAUGUGAGACUGGCCAUCCAAUGUCGUGCUGACCAAUCUUUCACCUCUCCUCCUCCUAGAGAUUUUUUGCUGGAUAUUGCAAGACAAAAAAAUCAAACCCCUUUGCCACUGAUUAAGCCAUAUGCAGGACCCAGACUGCCACCUGACAGAUACUGCUUAACAGCUCCAAACUAUAGGCUGAAAUCCUUAAUUAAAAAGGGACCUAACCAAGGAAGACUAGUUCCAAGGUUAAGUGUUGGUGCUGUUAGUAGCAGACCUACUACUCCCACUAUAGCAACCCCACAAACAGCAUCUGUCCCAAAUAAAGCUGCAACUCCAGUGUCAGUGACAAGCCAAAGAUUUACAGUACAGAUUCCACCUUCUCAGUCCACACCUGUCAAGUCAGUUCCUACAACAACUGCAGUUCAAAAUGUUCUGAUUAAUCCUUCCAUGAUUGGGCCCAAAAAUAUUCUUAUUACCACCAACAUGGUUUCAUCACAGAACACGAGCAAUGAAUUAAACCCAUUGAAGAGAAAACACGAAGACGAUGAUGACAAUGAUACUAUGUAAGGAAUAUAGUCUAGUAUUGAUGCAUUUCAAAUGUGUAGUUGGUUUUGAGCCUUGUAUACUGAAUAAGAACAUCCUAGAUCUUGUUUCAUUUUAGAAAAGGUAAAUGUAGCUGCAGUAUUUUUCUUCAUGGUUAAAACUCUUAGAUUUCUUAAUUAAGAGUACCAAUGUUUUUUCAUUAGGCUUCAAGUAUAAAAAAUACUUCUCUCGUAAUAGUUUGACUAAAUGUUGAAUGCUACUGUGGCAAUUCUAUUUUUGGAAACAGUUUUCUGCUAUGUAUCACUAACAGCAAGCACUUAAGUUUCAGAUUCUACAGACUCACAAGUGGACUAAUCUUUCACAGUGUUUCUUAAACUAUAUUUAUUUUUUUAAGUGAAAUAGUCACUUUUAUUGUCACCAACAUUUUGGACCAAGUCUCUCAAAUUUAGGAAACAGUUUUGGAGAAGAUAGACUUACAGGGAUUCUAAAUCCAUUGUGGAUAUAUUUAAGUUUCUUGGUAUUCCCUUAAUUUCCCUCCUACCUAAUCCUAAUCCACUAUCAAGGUCCUAUGCGUUUUCUGCAUUUCCGCAGACUAAAGUUUCUCCACUUAAGUUUAAAAGGCCAAAAUUAGAAUUUUUUUAAAAAAGUGUCAUGUUCUUAUUUUUGAAACCUGCUUUAAAAAUGCUUGUUUUGAUUCACUUUAACGUGCAUUUGCUUUGUUUUUCUUUCUGUAUCAGAGCAGUUGGCCUUGCCUCUUUCGCCCAUUGAGCUUUACUCUAAUAGGUAGUUUGGGGGUCAGUUACCUUGUUUGUUUUAUAUCCCAGGUUUGUGACUCCCCUUAUUUCACAUUUCUGAAUUUACAUAGAAAAUGCCAUAAGCUUAAAGUCUGCCUUGAUAAGUAUGUUUACACUGGACCUAGGCAAAACCACUGAAGAGAAAGUCUUUUUUCCAUUUUUACCACGUGCACAUAUGCUCUGACCACUACUGCUUGCACCCUCCUAUGGAUAUAAAUCAGGUCGUCUGAGGAUGUCACACAUUGAGCUGGGAUCAACCCUGAAAGUGUUCCUAAUGGUUUUCCUUUCUCUGGGCUGCCAGUAAGGAAAACAAAUUAGUGUUACGUGACUAGCAUUUAAGUACCCUCGUACAUUCUGCCUAAGUUUCCCAGUAAUAUUGGAAUAUUGCUAAAACCCUUCCCCUAUUUUCCAUCUAUGUACAUCUAAACAUUUUAUUGGCAAAGAUUGCAAAGUUUUUAAAAUACAAGCAGAUUUGUGAUGUUUUUAAGUAAGGGACAUUCAACAUAGGAAUACUUCUGCAGAAUUUUCUAAAAUAUAUUUUCAUACCAUAACUUUGAACUUACAGACAAGGAUCCUCAAAGAUUCAAGUUUCAUCAUAGGAUGGUGCUUAAAUACAUCAGAGGUAUAUAUAUACCAAUAACAGGAAAGAAAUGUCUCAUUGCACUUUCACUGUGUUGGAUUAUUAGAAAAAAAAGAUGAUAUCGAACUUUUAAAUAGAUCUGAUGAUCAUUGGAGGUUAAGUGUUCAUUAUACAGCACAGGAUAUCAUUACUUGAAUGUUCUCAGGGAAGCAGCUUGUAGGUUGUAGUUCUAGCUCCAUCUACCAACUGUGUGACCUUACUUCACCUCUGAGCCUUGUACUCACUAAUAAUAGAAAAAUAAUACCAACUCUGCCUACUUCACAUGGUUGUUGUGAGGGUAUAAUUGGUAUAUGUGAAAUCUUUCAAAAUUGUAAAAUGCUAUAGAUCUCUAAGGAAUUAUUAAUGUAUUUGUUUCAUGGUUAUUAAUAAAAAUUUCAACUCAUCCUUUACCUUUCAUUAUUGAUUUAGAGAUUCAAGGUAGAUGAAAAA